GUCGUGAGACGGUGCCGGAAAUUGUCUUUCGCCAUUGAUCGGGUUUUCUUGUUUGGGGUGAGGCGAGCGAGUCGGUAUGGAUUAGGAAGUCGAAAUAAUUAAGGUUAAAUGUAGCAACCGUAAAGCUCUGUGUUCAUUCCUAAGGUGCAUCAGCUUUAGCUCAACAUGUGUGCCCUUCCGACAGCCCCUCCGGGCAAGAGGAAAGAAAUCUACAAGUAUGAGGCCCCUUGGACUGUAUACAGUAUGAACUGGAGUGUGCGGCCGGACAAGCGCUUCAGACUUGCCUUAGGCAGCUUUGUGGAGGAGUACAACAACAAAGUUCAAAUUGUCUCCCUUGAUGAAGACACUUCUGAGUUCACGGGGAAGAGCACCUUUGACCACCCUUACCCGACCACAAAGAUUAUGUGGAUACCCGACACGAAGGGUGUGUUUCCAGACCUGCUGGCCACAAGUGGGGAUUACUUGAGGGUGUGGCGUGUCGGGGACAGUGAAACCAGACUGGAGUGCCUUCUCAACAAUAACAAGAAUUCUGAUUUCUGUGCUCCUCUCACGUCUUUUGACUGGAAUGAAGUAGAUCCUAACCUUUUGGGGACUUCAAGUAUCGACACAACCUGUACAAUCUGGGGAUUAGAGACAGGACAGGUGCUUGGGCGGGUGAAUCUCGUGUCGGGUCAUGUCAAGACUCAGCUGAUAGCCCACGAUAAGGAAGUCUAUGACAUUGCCUUCAGCAGAGCUGGUGGGGGCAGGGACAUGUUUGCUAGUGUUGGUGCUGAUGGGUCAGUGCGAAUGUUUGAUCUCCGUCACCUGGAACAUUCGACCAUCAUCUACGAGGACCCUCAGCAUCACCCGCUUCUGCGACUGGCCUGGAACAAACAGGACCCUAACUACUUGGCCACCAUGGCCAUGGAUGCCAUGGAGGUGAUUAUCUUAGAUGUGCGAGUUCCCUGUACACCUGUUGCUCGUCUGAACAAUCACAGAGCCUGUGUUAAUGGUAUAGCCUGGGCUCCUCACUCGAGCUGUCACAUCUGUACUGCAGCUGAUGAUCAUCAAGCCCUCAUCUGGGAUAUUCAGCAAAUGCCACGAGCCAUUGAGGACCCAAUCCUGGCAUAUACAGCAUCAGGGGAGAUAAACCAGAUCCAGUGGUCCUCAACACAGCCUGACUGGAUUGCCAUCUGUUAUAACAAUUGCCUGGAGAUCCUGCGGAUAUAAAAGAGUUCAUUUAAGGACAGAAGUGUAUCAUCAAGGCCAACCGUGUGCUCUGUGCAAGUAUUUCCAUGGAUUUACCAAACCUGGCAUCUUUAUCAUGAUCAUCAUCAAAAAAACAAAAAAA